CUUUUCUUCCUCGUCCCCGAUUCCCCUCCGCAUCAGUCGCUGCGCCCGCCGCCCACUUCUGUCGCCUAACGCCGACGCUCGCCGAAAAAUAAAACAUAGCAUUCGUUGGCUGCUUCUAAACUGGCAUUGAUCUACUAGGAUGACAACAUCCAAUGAGGAGUACUCGCAAAUUGGUGUAUCUCAAGAGGAGAAAGACAAGCUGGUAGGAGAGGUAAUCCGUUAUGUACUUUUCAAGACCCACCAAAGUUCUGGAUGCCCUAUAAAGAGGGAGGAGUUGACUCAAUUGAUAACUAGAAACUACCACCAGCGUUCACUCCCAGCUCUUGUCAUAAACGAAGCCAGAGAAAAAAUCUCUAGCAUUUUUGGGUACGAGAUGAAAGAAUUACAACGUUCUCGCCCUUCCUCAAAUAAACAGGGUCGUGCUUCUCAACAAAGUGCCUUCGAGUCAAAAUCAUACAUUCUUGUGAGCCAGCUACCUCCUGAUGUUUAUAGUGAAUUUGUUGAAGAUAAAGAGUCUUCACAUCUGUCUGGUUUUGCUUUUGUUGUUAUCAGCAUUAUACAUCUGUCAGGAGGUAAACUUUCUGAAGAAAACCUUUGGCAUCACUUGGGAAGGUUGGGUUUAAAUGAAAAUGACCAAAACAACGUGCUUGGUAACACUAAGCAGGCACUUGAAACGCUUAUACAGAAAAGGUACCUCCAAAAGGAGAAAGUUAAUGGCCCUGAAGGCAAUACUGUGAUGUUUGAGCUUGCAGAAAGGGCUUUAGAUGAAUCCAUUAUUGAGAAACUUAAAGACUACAUUAGCCAGGUUGUUAACAAUGACCCCGCCGCAGAGACCGAGUGAGAUGUAUGCAAAGCUCAGGCCUGAAUCAUCGUUACAGAAUUCCUUACAAAGCUGUGAUUUGCCUUAGCCGUUUAGCUACUACAUCUCAAGUAUUUUGCAGAUCGAAGGUUCCAAAAUGUCAUCUGCUGAGCAUUUCGUUAACGUCGCAGCAGCAGUAUCUCUAGAUUGUAGAAAACAUGGAACUACCGGCCAUUUUGUUAAUGUGGCAGCAGCAUUUGGAAUGGGAAACCAUUCGCCUUUUGCACUUAAACCAAUUUCAACUGCGAAAAGAAAUGCAGGCAAAUUUAUCCCUA